AGAAGCCCUGGGUACGUGAGUGUUUGCAUGCUGCCAGAGUGAAGAAACAAACCCAGAGGGGCUCUACGAGUUGGUUUUCUCUUUGCCUUUUUCCUCGAAACACGGAUAGUUGGAGCUUUAGCGGGAGUCGAGCGAUGCGGACGGUCACCGACAUCCAUCGUGGAGCCGUAGCAGCAGCUCCGGGCUUCGAGUAGAAGACCUGACCUGUGCAAACUCUGGAAAGCUUCUCAGGACAUUCAGUCGAAGCUGGGAGUUUUGUUUUUUUUUAGAAAAAAAAUAUCACAUGCGACACAGGUUGGAUUUCUGAUCUGAGGAAGCAUGAUUUUGAGGAAAAUCCAGUCAGGCGGCUGCAGAACAUGGCUGUCCCGGGUUUCACUGAGGCCAGAGGUGUGUUUGUUCUCCUCAGUGCCUCCCCAGCCGGUGCCUCCUCUGAUCCAGACCCUGCAGGGAUACCUGAGGGCCUUGGAGCCCCUCCUGCCCCCCGAGGAGCUCAGCCACACCCGCAAGAUAGUGCAGGAGUUCAGCCGGAUUGGAGGCCUCGGUCCGAAGCUGCAGGAGGCUCUGGAGAGGAGAGCCAGACUCUCCAAGAACUGGAUCUCGGACCGCUGGGUGCAGUGGGCGUACUUGGAGAGCAGACAGCCGCUGCCCGUGCACUCGAACCCGGCCAUCUCUCUGCCCCGCAGAGACUACAACGACUGGAGGAGCCAGCUGGUGUUUGCAUCUAAACUGAUAGCAGCCGUUCUGGACUUCAAAGCCAGAAUUAACACUGGGCAGCUGCCGGCCGAGCACAUGCGAGGGAUGCCUCUGUGCAUGGAGCUCUACCCACUGCUCUUCUCCUCCUGCAGGAUCCCCGGCCCCAAACAUGACUACAUCGCCCACUACGGUCGAUCCAGACGCUCGCCAACACACAUCACCGUGGUCAGGAACUACCAGUUCUUCCAGCUGGAGGUUUACAACAGCGACGGCUCACGGAUGACAGAGAGUCAGAUCCACGCUCAGCUGCUGAGAAUCCGAUCUCAGUCCUGGAAGACGGAUAAGGAGCCGAUGGGCAUCCUGACCAGCGAGCACCGGCACACCUGGGGAGAAGCCUACAACCGCCUGCUCAGAGAUCAACUUAACCAGGAAUCAGUGCGGCUGAUUGAGACGGGACUUUUCUCUUUGUGUCUGGAUUCUCCGGUCAUGAGGAUAUCAGAUGAGAAAUACGCCAGCCGUAAAGCAGCGCAGAUUCUCCAUGGGGGCGGGACGUUCUCCAACAGUGGGAACCGCUGGUUUGACAAAACGCUGCAGUUUGUGGUGGGCGAGGACGGAUCCUGGGGUCUUCUGUAUGAACAAGCCACAGCUGAGGGUCCACCCAUCGCAACACUGCUGCAUCACAUCCUGGAGUACUGCGAGAAACCAGAUCCAAAGAGAGCUCCGCUGGUUCCACUGCCGAUGCCCAAGAAACUCUACUUCCAUAUAGACCGAGAAAUCAAGAGGGACAUAGAACACGCCAAACAGAACCUGGACAUACUGAUCAACGACCUCGACGUCAACGUGUUCAACUUCAAGAGGUUUGGCAAAGAGCUUCCCAAGCAGCACAAGAUGAGUCCAAACUCCUUCAUCCAGGUCGCUCUGCAGCUCACCUACUACAGAGUUCACAACGAGGUCUGUCCUGCCUGUGAUAUCGCCUCUCAGAGGAUGUUUCGAGGAGGAAGAACGGAAUUUAUCCGCUCACCCACGAAUCAGGCGCUCAAAUUCAUUCUGGCCUUCGAUGAUCCGACUGUAGCGAGGGAAGCAAAGCUGCAGCUGUUUAAAGAAGCUGUGGAUGCUUAUACAGCUCUGACCGAGCAGGCUCUUAAAGGCCACGGUAUAGACCGCCACCUGCUGGGGCUGAAGCUUCAGGCCAUCGAGGAGGGACUGAGCAUCCCCAAGAUCUUCAUGGACACAGCGUACGGCCUGGCGACACACUGGAAGCUCCGCACUGGACAGGUGCCUGCAAACACAGACAGCGUCAUGUGUUUUGGGCCUCUCGUUCCCGACGGUUACGCCGUCUGCUACAACCCUCAAGCUGAUCAUGUCCACUUUUCCGUCACCGCCUUCAACUGCUGCGAGGAGACGAAUGCAGAAACGUUGGCUCGCACUCUGAAGGAAACCCUGUGCAAUCUGCAGGAUCUGCUGGAGCCUCCGGUGUAGAGCUGCUGCUACAGCGUCCAACCGGAUAAACCUUCCCCUCUACCCCGAGAACAAAACACUAGGUUCCUGACAAUAUUUUGUCCACGCCUUGAUGAUUUGUUUUUGUAAUGCACACCACUUGUAACGCUUCACUUAAUUCUGGAAAAGCCUAAAGACUGAACUCUGUGGCUCUGAGGUGCUUUUGAUGCUUUUCUGAAGCUUUUGGUAAAGAUCUUUCUUUCUGUGCUGUCACAUUGUGUUACAUGGUGGAUUCACUUAAAGGCUUCUUAUGCUACGGUGAAUGAAAGCAAGCGAAGCUGUAGCCAACCUGACACUCCAGCACUAAUCAGAGCCAGCCAAUGUAAAACUGACUGCACUGCUUUUUCAAGUCAUGAGGUGACCAGUUACCUUUUUGUAGCUUCUACAGAGAACAAGUGUUUCAUAUAUUUUCAGGUCUUACAAAUGUUUUAGAUCCAGUUUUGAUUUUGUAGUUUAACAAGUGUGUUUUGAAAUGGACCAAAGAAAAGUAAGCUGGUUAUUGUUGGUGAUCUUUGUGUCUCUGAAGCUGGAAGCAGAAAGUGAUUUUGAAAGUUGAGCGUUUGAUUCUGCGGACAACCUGCAGGACCAGUUAAUAAAGCCUGUGAGCACACGAUUCAUCGUCUCAAGGCUUUGUGUGUCUGAGACGAAGAGAGGUGGAGGCUGUGUUUGUUUUGAGUUGAGUAAUGUGCCUUAACAUCAGCAGCUAUGAGAAAGAGGUUUACGCUCUCACAGAUACACAGAGCCCCCGAAUAUAUAUGUAUUUUUGCCCAAACUACUGUAAAAUGGCUCACGACAAAGUUUUGGUCCUGGUCUUUUAAUCCGGCUGUGGACGACCGAUGACGACCAAUAAACUGAGUUAAAAGCUUCUA